AAUUAAGCGAGUUAAUUGUUUACACCUGUGACUGAGUUACGUUCACUCCUGGCGGAGUUGAUCACAACAUCCGGUUUGGACGUGCGCAGCGCGCCUUUUUCACUCGACGCCGGUUGGAGAAAGGAGAAGACGGAAAAGAAAAAACUUGUGUGGGUUGUGUGGAUUAUGGCUUAAAGAAGGUGCAGUCUAGACGUGGCAAUGUUGCUCAAGGUGAAGUACCAGAAUACCAAGAAGUACAUCCGAUUACUGUCAGGGUUCACGUUUUUGGAUUUCAUUGCUCAAGUCAAAUACAAGUUUGGGCUUCCUGAUGCUACCGAACUUGAUGCUUUUGAUGAAACCAACACAGUAGUCGAGGAAGACAUCUUUUCUGAACUGAUAGAGGCCAGUCCGGAUUUAUGCCUGACAGUACGUGACAGAAUUCCUGAUGCAGCUCAGACACCGGAGCAAGACAUCAUUCUUGAGAUACAGAUUGAUCCUGGUCCAAGUCCAACAACACAAGAUGGAAUUUCAGAGGAAGACUUUUCUCCUUUAGAUCAUUCCACAUCCCUCACAGAUACCAACACAUCACUUUCUUCAAGUGACAAUGACCACUCCAGUCGAAUAGAACAUGGGACUCCCAUAGGCAGACGUACAUCCAGCCAAGUCAUACCCAGGCCAACCAGAGAGGUUUCUGAGUCAGAGGCUGCAAAAGAGAUGGUAAAAAAUGCCUUGCUUUGCAAACCUGGGGGUGAGGAUGUCAUCGAAGAGUACAAGGCAGAAAAGUCACUCACUCACCGCACCCGGAGACAGCUUGUCAACAUAUUGGCUAGCCAUAUGACUGAGAGCCAUGGGAGGAUGCCUUCCCGUAAACAUAAGGAGAAGUAUGCCCUGGGAAUUAUAACGCUCUUCCCUUUACUAAAGGAUCCCUUUUCCCCAAAGGGCUAUGAGCACUUCUAUGAUGCGGAGAAAGGCACUGGAUAUUUAGCAUGGCGCCUUAAGACUAUGUCCAGGAAUACAGUAAAAAGACCAGCCAAGACAGCUACAGUGGCUCAAGCACAAGGACCAAAGCGCAGAAGACUGGCAGCCACUUUGCCUGAGCAACUUGAUGGAGAUGCCAGCAGGGAAGCCAUAUCAUUUCUCAUUCACUCUCAGGAUGAAGCAAGUGUGUUUCAGAAGAUGAAGAUGACCUUUCAAUAUCGCCAAGACCUAGUGCAUGACCCACAGAGAACCACAGAUGUCUUUAAAACAUUUCCACGUUUUUUAGAUGUUAAAGGGCUGCUGAAUCAAGACUUCCUUCUGCUGUUUGGAGCUGAAACAGCCUCCAAGAUGCUUGAGAAGUGGGACACAACUUUCAGGCCCAAGGUUAUCAAUGAGGCCAGACACCUGACUCAGUCAGUUGAGGUGUGCCGACUUCUAAAAGCUGCUGAGAAACUGACAGAGAACGAUGACACCACCUGGGACAGUGACAUGGCUUCUCUGCUGCUCCUUCUCCAUCUCCUACCACCCACAGCUGGACGGAAAAGGACCAAGAUAAGCCCCAGUGAUGCAGUGGACAAAAUGUUGCACUUUCACAAGUCAUGCUGCAGCUUGGAUGAACACCUUCGGGGAAGAGAUGGCAGACAACCAUACAUCCUUGCUGUUGGUCGAACCAGGAACAGGAUUGACACUUUCUACAUUGUUGUGGACAAACAGCUCAUCCCCUGCCAAGCCACUAGCUCGUUGGGUGCGUUUGAUGAACUGUUUAAAUCCCACUACGUGUUCAACCUGUCAUACGAUGAGUGCCUGGGCCAGCUCUUCACCUUCGUGCAAACAACAGUCUACAAUAUUGAUGUAGCAACAACAAAAGAGUCUCCCAGAGUUCGUGAGUUUCGUGCUAAAGUCUUCAACUGAAGCACUGAAAUGUUUAAGUGUUUCAUUUGUCAGGCUGUGCAUGAUCCCUGCCAGUCCUUGAUCUCUCAUCUAAGACUUGAUCAUAGUUUUUAUCCUAGCACCAGGUUCAAGUUAGUUUGUGCACAAGAUCGUUGUAGGCGCCAGUUUUCAACAUAUUCAGGUUUCAAAAAACAUUUAAUUAGUUCUCAUGAGAAGGAUUAUAGUCAAAGUGGAGAUGCAGCAAUGCCAGAGUCAUUUCAAACUAAUUUCCACAUGCUCCAAGAUAACUCAGAAGUUGCUGGAACAAGUGGCAUGCAAAACCCAGAGUCUGAGUGUGUUGAGGACAAUGGAUCAGGUCAAAGAAACAAAGAGAACACAGAAAAUAUUUGUGCUUCAAUUAUUGCGAAACUACAAGGAAGUGGCAUAGCAAAUAGUGUUGUUUCAUCAGUUGUUGGUGAUUUGGAAGAACUUGCUAGUGGACUGCACUCUCAGGUUAAGCAGCAAGUACUGUCUGCUGUGUCUAGAGAUAAUCCUGUAAGAGUUACAUUGGAAAAAGAUCUGGAGACUUUUGAAAACCCAUUUAUUAACUUCAAUACUGAAAGUAAAAGAUUUAAUUAUUUCAACAAGAAAUGGGGUGUUGUGGAGCCAGUCGAAAAAUUUCUAGGAAUUCGAUUUGAUACAAGGCGAAAUAAACAAACAGGUACAUAUGAUCAAGUCCCAGUGAACGAUACAUUCGUUUACAUACCGAUUUUGGAAACGAUAAAAUUCAUGUGUCGAAAUGCUGAUAUUUGUAAACUGCUUGGGGAAACUUGUAUAUCAAGACCUGACAGAUACGAAGACUUUUGUGAUGGAAGUUAUUCUAAGACACAUCCGUUGUUCUCUAAGCACCAAAAUUCUUUACAAAUUCAGUUGUUCUAUGAUGACUUUGAGACCGCUAACCCACUGGGUUCCAAACGUGGUGUUCACAAAAUAGGUGCUCUGUAUUUUGUGCUCAGAAAUCUGCCACCAAAGUUCAACUCUGCCUUGAUGAAUAUUCAUUUGGUUGCAUUGUUUCACACUGAAGAUUUGAAAAAAUAUGGCUUUAAUCCUAUUCUAGAGCCACUGAUUAAUGACAUCAAAACACUUGAGAGUUGUGGCCUUGAUUUGCCAUUUUCUGCUGAAAAAGUCCAUGGCACCAUAUGUCAGAUAACUGGGGACAACUUGGGUAUGCACGCAAUUCUGGGAUUUACAGAGUCUUUCAGUGGACGAUAUUUUUGUCGUUUAUGUUUGAUAGAAAAAGAUGAUGCCCAGAUUAUUUACAAUGAGGAUGACCCCAAGAUAAUCUUGCGUGGAAAGGAACUUUUUGAAAUGCACUGCAAUGAGUUGCAGUCAGACCCACAGAAGUUAUCUGUGUUUGGUUUAAAAAAGAACUCGAGUCUUAACAGCCUACAGUUCUUUCAUGUCAGUCAUAAUUUUUCUUUGGACAUUAUGCAUGACAUCCUUGAAGGCGUGGCUCAGUUUGAGCUGAAGUUACUGUUGGAAUAUCUCUCAGAAAAUGUUUUGUCGAAACCUGACCUGUUGUCUAGAAUUUAUGCCUUUGACUAUGGGUAUGUGGAGCGCAAAAAUCGACCUACAAGGAUUAACUUGGACAGUAUUGGCAAUAAUAUAGGGCUCAAUUCCAUUCAGACCCUUUGUCUUGUAAGAAACAUUCCUCUGCUUUUUGGUGACAUUGUACCAGAAGGAAACCAAAACUGGUUUUUGCUGCUGCUUUUACUGCAGAUAAUAAACAUUAUAUUUUCUCCAUCUGUUACACUUGGCAUGACUGUACUUCUCAAGCAUUUGAUAAUGGAACACCAUGAGUUGUUCAAAGCACUGUAUCCUGAUAGAAACCUGAUCCCGAAACAUCACUUUAUGAUACACUAUCCAUCUUGUAUCCGAAAAAUUGGACCACUUAUACAUAUGUGGAGCAUGAGAUUUGAGGCUAAACACAGGAUUUUCAAAAAUACUCUUAAAAACUUCAAAAACAUCACAAAAUCUCUUGCAAAAAAACAUCAAAUGUCUAUUGCAUGUCAUUGGGAGACAUCACAUCCAAAAUGUAUUGAGUAUGGACCAAUGAAAUCUAUUAAUGUGGACAAUGAGGACUAUGGAGAUGUGUUGGCUCGAGCUUUGCAUGUUGAGUCUGUAUCGCAAGACAUCCAUGCAACUAACUGGGUUACAAUCAGUGGGACAGAGUACAGGGCAGGACUAAUAAUUUGCAGUGAGAUUGAACAUGACAUGCCUGUGUUUUGCAGAAUAGAAAAAAUUAUUGUUGUUGACAGUGUUAUCUGCUUCCUUGUAAACAAACUUGUGGUUGACCAUUUCAAUGAACAUUUUCAUGCUUACAAAGUAUUUGAAAGUAAUGACAAAGAUGUUGUUAAAGCAGAUAGUCUUGUGAUUUAUAAGCCCUUUGACUUACAAAGUGCUUAUGGUGGAGAUGAGAGCCAAUAUAUUGUGCCAUUAUUU